CUAUGAGGGAGCCUCGUGAUUUGUGAUCUCUCCUUACUCUAACUUCAGGUAAUCAGUUCUUAUUUACAUUUUGAAAUGUUUUGUUUUUUAAGUGUGCGAAUUGGUUUAAUGCGCAACUACUGUCGCCAAAAUGCCUUGAACCCAUGUUGAUCCGAUUGGGUUUUAAAGCUCAGUUCCGUUCCCGCUGCCACAACUUACUUCUUGGAAACUGUAUUGCCUAGAUUCAUUCUAAAGUUAGAUUCAAGCCGUGUAGUGCGUUUAGAAGGGUUACAAUAGAAAGUGUGUUUGUUCAUUGUAUACAGUAUUUGUUCAUUUGGCGUGGCAGGAUCACCUGAAACUGAACCGUAAGUUUCAUUUAACCAGACUGUUUUCAGGCUUUUCUGUGGAGGUGCUUCCUUCAUGUUUAUUACGAAUCAUUUCAGUUACAUUUAACACAGACACAUUCGCCGCAGCGGCUCUGUUCUUCUAAACAAAAUCAUCAUAAAAUUAUUAGACCCUUCUCCUCUAAAACGUGACGUCUCCGCUUUGUUAGACACACACUUCAUGCGAAAAUAAACUUUGCCCUCAGUGUUUGACAGAGUCUCAUCCAGGAUGCCGACUGAGUUUGGUUCAAUACGUUAAGACUCUGGAAAUAGUUUUGCAUUUGUUCAACCUUAUAUUCAUACAAUUCGAGACAUUAAUUAAUGAACAAUGAUGUAAUAAUUUGAUGACCUGACACAUAAAGUGCCCAAAGACUAGCUAACUGAUAAAUUUCAAAUAAAUCUUCGAGUACUUUGAUUGUUUUUAAUUCCAGUUCUAAAAGUCGAUAAAAUUAGGUAAGUUUAUAGAACAAAAACAAGGAAGAAGCUGCCGCCGCCCAUUUAUGCUGUGUAUCUCUACAUCUCAGAGCCCACUUGUUUGGUUUAUUUCAGAUUACCCCUCUCUUUUGUUUUUCUUUUCUUCGCCUUUAUCUUUUUCAGUUCUCACUUAGUUAACAACUGUCACUUCCUGUUAACUCUCCUAUUAAAGAAAACGUUAUCAAUUUAAACGAAAUUAAGGAAAGAGAAUGCCAAGGGAAUGAGUCAACUGUCCCAUUUUAUCAAAUCGACUCAAAACCUGUCCAUUCAAAUACUUAAUUCUGUCCACAAAAUCAUGCAUAAAUAUGAAUUUUCCAUGCAACAUCAGGGUUUUCACUCUGGUCGGGGCUUUACGUUACUUGCAUAGUUCCCAGUUCAUUUGUCAUCCUUGACAUAAUGACCAGGAGAUAUCCCACGGUUAAUCCUAAGUAUCAGGCAUUUCUGGUGGAAAAGGAUGAGAAAGAAGUGAAAAUUAAUAUCCUCUCCCAUAACCCCUAUGGAAGGCCCCACCCCACCCCCAGUGGGGCAAUUACUGUUAGCGAUCAAGAUUCAGUCACUCGACCGUCAAAAAGGAUGCAAUAAUUCCAACUGCAUCUAUGGGAUCAACAUAAGAAAUUGCCCCACCUACCCCUCCCCUAACCUAACGUUUCGCUAACAUUGGGUUGAGGCUGCCAUGCAUGCCAUUGCUCAACUGACUUAAGCGUUUCGCUCUUUUUGCGGAGGUAAACUAUUGACUUUUUCAAUUUAAUUAACGUUGGUAAAAACCAAUUUUUUGUGUCCGAAUAAAGGUUUCCCUUCCCAGCCUGUAGAACAGUGUUAUUUAUUGCGCCUUGAACACACGAAAACUAAAAUGAAGAUCCUGAAAGUAUGCUGGGCUUGACAAAAUUACGCGUGUGGCCCAAUAUCAGGCGCAGUAUCUACAAUCGUGACAGCUACAGCUAAGCCGCAUUAACCUUUUGAAUUCCCAGGGUUAGUUUCAAGUUAGAGCGAGGCGCCAAGGGAAAUGGGCUGUGCCAUUGAUGGGCUCCUGGCUGUGCUUGGGUUUAUCACUCUCUUAGUCUAAUACUGAGGAGGAGAGACUUGUUAAAGAGUGGUACAGGCUGCGUGUAAUGCUAUGAAAAUUAUGGUGUUAAUGGUGAGGUUUAGCAAACUUACAAACAAUUAAAUAUACGAAUAUACUAAUUUAGUCAAACUCAUCAAUAAAUCACGAAGAGAGAAAAUCACUACCAUACCGAUCGAUUUGCAUAAUUAUCAAAUACUACAAUGCAAUUCAAUACGGAACCGCAAAAUUUGGUGAAAUUUAGCUUUAAACUUCUUUAUGUAUUGUUCAUUUGGGAAGCUCAGCUAUAUCAAACACUCCUCUCUGUGUUUCGGUUUUAAAUGAGAACCGCUCCUUAGUUUGAUCCACUUUUCGGUGGUCUGGAUUUCGGAUGAAUGUCCAUGGUUAGUUUCUCCUCGUUUCUUCAAAGCUUUCUCAUGGAUCGAACGGAUCUUGCCGUACGAUGUAUGUUGCAUUUUACAAAUCAUUUCAUGUAGACGUUUCAAUAUCAAUUGAGGACUUUUGUUCUGAAAAUGAUAUUUCCCUUCCAAGAUAGAAAACUGGAAAUCGAUACAAUGAUGUCCCAGGAGGUCCUCCUCCGACUUUUUGAUGGGGGUGUGUCACCCAGUUUUUCAAAUUCUGACCCUGAUUUCAGGUACAUACUUGAUAAAGAAUAAACGGCAAAAACUGUGGACGAAGAACCUGCUGGUAGUCAACUUUGGAUCAAAAGAGAUCUACUCAGAUAGAUCGAUGAGGUAAGGUAAAUUCAAUAUAGAAAAGUGAUCAGUACAGGCGGUUUAGCAUCUGCUUGAUAACAGACCACCAAAAGAACUAAAAAGACGUCUUCCUGUUUUGACGAAAAGUUUCUCUAUUUGUCGGAAGUCUCACAUCCACACUAUGUAACUCAUCCAAGUGCUGAUCACUUUUUAAUCGUUUUUAAAAGCGUCACUGCUCUAGUUUUGCAUUUAUUGUUGUUGUUGUUGUUGUUGUUCAGAGCCCAUUGUGCGCGAUCAUAAAGUGAUUUUGCAUUAAGAAGUGUUUCCUUUACGAAGAGAACCAACAUCAUUCAACACUGUGAAAGAACCGUAAAAAACAGAGAAGAGUUUGCAAGAGAAAACAUUAGUAAUAAUUAUCCAGAGACGGAGAAGUUAGAUAGUAAUUUGCAUCUUUCUUGUUCUCUAGAACAAAUAGGGACUGAUUUUGCGAUUUAACGUUUGUAACGUACUCGAGAAAAUAGAAACAUAUAUGAAAGCUGUAGUUGUGUUGAAAAUCAUGCACGCGGGACGCCACUGCUAUCAUAUCAGUCGACGUCAUCUUCCGUAAUAAUCUCGCCACCAAUUCUACUGUCACACUCGAGAGAGUAUGUACAGGAAAUUGCAUCUCCGUUCCGACCUUGAAGUAAAAGAUAAGGAUAAAGCUCACGCGUUUCUUUAAAGCCAUUUAAAAACAAAUAUUUUCAUAUACAGUAUAUCCCAUCUUUUCUAUCACUUUUGCUUUAGUAGGACUCCAUUACGCAAGCUUACUGAGAUAACUGAAAAUUGCUAUCCACCGAAGUUUGUAAUCAAAUCACCCCAGUUCUGGAAUAAUAGGUGUUAUCGAUGAUUUGUUACCCUUUCAUUAAAACCAUUUGAAAAAAAAGUAAUAUUAAUAGUAAAUGCAGUCUGCAAAGCAAACUAAACUGGCAGAUGUGCAUCUGAUAAAGAAACGAGGGCGAUAAAAAAUUGCCGUCGUGGUAAGUGAGUCUUGACAAUACGAGUCCGUUUUCUACGAGGGCAACCAACCCAUCUCGAAGAAUAAUAAUUUAGCAACCACGUUGCACAAACCUAAACUAUUCCAAACAGAGUUAAAUUUAGAAAUAAUUAUCGUAAACGAUAUUAUCACUGAUUUCUUGUUAACCGCUCACAGAUAGACCAAUGUAAGGCAUUCUUCUAAUCGUUACACUUGACAUUUUGAUUACUUUGCUACGUUGCAGCAGAAAAACAAACCAAAAUUCGAUUUUAUCUCAGGUUAGCUGAUCAGGGGUGCAUUUGAGAUGAUGCAAAAAGGAAAUCAUUUGUGAGCGAAUACUUAAGUGAUUUAGUUAUCUGACCCUUCCCCGAACAAGCUGAAUGUCCUUGCGGAUGGGCUCUCUGGUUAUCUUUGAUUUCCUGACUUUCCGUACGGUAUAAAUCGAUCUGUGACGUGUUUGGGGGUAAAGUGUUAUCUAAGAUACCUUCUGAUGAAACCGUGAUAACGAGACUUAAUAAACAAGUUCUCAUUUAAAUACUCUGUUAAAAUUCCAACCUGACAGCUGCUGUCUCGUUAGCAGCGAGAUAACAACCCCGUUGGAGUAUCACCGCGUGCAAACAAGCCUUUAUUUACCUACACAUAUUUACUCUCUUAGCAGAAUAAGAGCAAAAGCAAAGAGUUAUUAUUUUAAAAAAUGGUUUCUUUUGUUGUGUUAGACGUAGUUUAAUCAUUUUUAUUGGUUGAUUGGUUUUAUGGUUUUGGUUCCAUGAGUGUGUGGUCUUGAAAGGUUGAAAAAUGAGCUCAAGUUCCGACACAAAGGAUGUGUUAAUGGUGCUCUGACAAGAUCUCCGAAUACUGCCAAGGAAUUUAGCCCAAUCCACGUACGUCGCAAGCACGCUAAAGUGAUUUUAUUUUGACUGUGCCCCAGUAAAGAUUAAAACUCUUGGAUCAUCACGUACACAGAAAUCAAUUCAGGAAAGCUAACGGACACGACAGGAAAGCUCAGCCCUCGCUUAGCAAAGAGUAAGUCGUAUAGUUAGUCCUUGGCCAAUUUUGUUCAACUUUAUAUCAACAGGAUUGUCCUAGCAAUCUUCUUGGCACAAUAUACUUGUAGUACUUUAUUUACCAAUCCUCUAUAGUAGAGAGGAUAAUUCUAAGCUAUUUAAAACCACCAAAAGGACUUUAUUAGAAGGGUUCAUCCUUUAGCACGCUCUAAAAAAGUCAAAGUAAGUCAAAAGAGUUUUCUCCAGUUUGAAUCACAGCACGGUGGAUUUCUAUGAAAUGUAACAUAGUCAUGCUUAGUGCCCUUUGAAAUAUUAUACUAGUCGUUAUAUAAGGUCUAUUAGCACUCUGCCGUAGUACAUUGUAGUACAAGAACCGACGAGCGAUCGAAGAGUCUCAACUUUAAACUGACAAAAUUCUCUGCUCUGCUGUCUUGUUAGCAUGCAUGACAAAGUGUAAAAGGAAAUCUCUUCCCCCGGUUAUAUUUAACGCAAAAAUGUCUUCUGAUGACAACGUAACGUGAUAUGGAAUCGUAUUUGUCUUGAUGCUAACAAGACUGGUUGAUAAUAGUUUACUUUUAGCUCGGGGUAGGUAAUGCAUACUUGAAUUUUCUUUAUCUCUGCUGCUUUGAGAUAACCUUCUUGCCGAACAACAGCCUCACUGAUCUACAUACAAUUAAGCUGGAAUCCGCAAAACGAUUAUCCAAAGGUAAAGACAACCAAAACAAACAAACAAACGAUGGUAAUGCAAUAUGCUGCUAGUCGUUCAGUUCGAUAAGAGAACUUUACACUCACGUUUUUUACCCAUAAAAUUCAUCUCUUUCUUUUCCUCACGUGGAACUUAUCAGAUUGCCUGCAAACAGAAGCCUCGCUCUCGGGUUUUCCAUGAUCAUUUCUGUUGUUUUACAGGUGGUGGGUGAUGUAGGGGGAGGGGGGGGAGGUUAAAUGGUGGGGGGAGGGGGUAAAUGGUGGGGGGGUGACAGGUUCUGAGGGCCAGGACUCAUGAGUGCAAGGUUCAUGCUACUCUCCUCUUUAAUUUUACUGAUGGGUAAUCACUCAUCCUUUUUCAAGGGCUUAAGAAAUACAGUAUGUGGUGUUUCUUUUACUAGAAUAAAAUUCUUAUUAUGUUCUGAUGAAAUAGAUGCAAGGAAGAGAGAAUCCUGUUCCCCUUCGUGGGUCUCCUUACAUGAUGCCUAAUUAUGAGCAAUACAUGAAACAGUUAACACAGUGACUGCUCUCGAGGGAAACAGUUAAUUUUGCUUCCUGGGAAGCCGAGGGAAACAUUGAGAUUCGGGAUUCAAGUGUUGUUAUAUAGCUUGAGAUUCGCAGUGAUUUGCUAUUAGCUGGAAAUUCAUUAAACCUGUCUGUAACGGCGGUCGUCGGUCAACAAUCGCGGGUAACAGUGGGCUGUUACCCUCUGACGUCAUAGAUUUUGCAGUGUUGCUCGCUCAGCGAUUUUUGCGGGAAACAGUUUCAUAGACCCUGAAUACAGUACUCACUUCGUGAUCCAUCACCAGAAACCGUCUGACCUGAUUCAUUUGAUGCCCUCUAUUGAAUUUUGCCAGAAAAAUUGACUGGCGCUCUUCUCUGGUCGCAAUAUAUUCAUCAUCAAAAUCAUAUUUCUUCAUUUCAUAUCACCAUCAUCGUCAUCUUCACUUUUGCAUGCUUUUGCAUGUAUUCGGUUAAAGCAAACAAUUAAAAAUCUGAAAGGCGCCACCCGAAAGGGGUACCUUUUUCAGACUUCAGGUACAUGAAAGAGAAGAAAAUUCGCUAGUUGAAGUCAAGAGAGAAUAAGCUCAUUAUCUCUUGUUGAAGUAUAUGAGUGGGCAGGGAAAUCUGCGAUUGCCAUCUGUGAAAGGACCUAAAACUGAAGACGUAUUUUAUGGCUAUGAAAAAGGCAAGUGUCUGUUUUAGUGGUUUAUUCGCGCUUAAAAGACGAUGCAUUUAUAAUUACAGUUCUUAAAAGGAAUCGGCAGGGUUCUAAACUAUUAUGUGAAAGGGGUAUCAUUUGUCAAUAGAAGGUAUACGAAAGGGGUCCCUUAUCUGUCAAAAAUGGUAACCUGUAUAUGAGUAAGGUGCUGGACCUCGCGGCGGGGCCUUCCCGUAUGAAAUUUUGUUGAGAACCCCCCUCUCUUCCCCGGGAAAAAAACCAGAACCGUAGUAGUCAGUAUAUUGCCAUGAAUCAUACUACCACCUCUGAAAGUUUUGUAAGCAAAAAUAUCAUUUCUCUGACUUUGAACCGAGCUCGAGAUCCGUAACUGUUAGUCACGGACCGACCAUAAAUCAACAGGAAAAAUUUCUAGGGUUAAAUGGGCGCGGGUUGUACACUACAGUGGACUUAGUAGGGCCCUCAAAACUAACCAAUCACAGCGCGAGUACUAACUGAGAGAUAUAAUAUCCGUUUUACUGCAUAGCCGUGAUCAAGCAGAGUUAUAACUUAAGCUAAUAUUUGCUUAAGAUGUAGAUUAGCAGAGCAGCUUGGAAGGACACUUAGAAAUGUAAGAUUAAACGAAAAAAGAAAGUUAUAGAAAUCGGAUUAUAUCAGAUUUCAUAAGGCUAGACUGAGAGCAGUCUCUUAUUUUUCUUUGCAAAGGUACUGCACGCGAAACCUAAGCACGCGAGUGGCGAAUUAAGCCGCGAGCCGCGAGAAACGACGGCGUCUCGUCUCAAUCCCUCGUAAUAACAACGUCGUGGUUUGCAAUCGCGCUGGAUGAGAUAAGAACUAGACGGAUUUUAAGGGAAAAGGCGGACUGCAAGCCUGUCUAUCUUAAGGCAAUUUGCCUGGUCACAAAAUAGGUUGCUGUCAUUUCGGAUACUCUGAAUCAGUAAUACUUUACACCAUUUGAUGUUGGUUUGAAGCAAGAGCCAAAUUAGUCAAUGGUCCGUCAAAUAAAAUACAAUAACGAACGGCCUAGGGACUCGCAAAAUUUGUUCGCUAUAACGAGGUUUCGCUAUAUAGAGGUUCUUUUUCAUGAUAUUUUUCAUUAUUAGUGGGGUAAAGAAAAUCGUUCGUUUUACCGAGGACUUCGUUAUAAUAGAUGUUCGUUACAUAGAGGUUUCACUAGCUGGUUAUAUCGCUAUUUCCGGAAAGGGAGGUGCUGUUCAAAUAAUAAACUAUCGGAUGAUGUUUUCAGGAAACGUUUUUUUGAUACACUAGUCCAAUUUUCACCUAAUAAUCGAAACUCUAUUUCAAAGUAAGCAGAGUGAAAUCAUUUGUUUUCCUUUCUGCGCCAUGUUGUCUAGAUUCGUGACAUUACAAAUUAUUCAUCAAAUAUUUCCUUUAGCCUUUAAAAAAAAAGAUUAGAAAGCACAGCAUGCUACCUUAAACGUUUAACAUAACAUUGGGUUUUAUGACCACAAUUAAGUGACGUAAAUUGAAACUACGUUUUAUGCAUCGUUUUAGCAAACUCGUCGAGUUAAGGUGAAAAUUGCUUGAAAAAGGGCAGUUGGAUUAAAAAAUUAUGAAGGCAAGUGCCAUAAAAUUAUUGUUUACGGAUCUCUACUUUCUCUUUUGAAUUCGGGUUUUGAAAUGAUUGGCACCUGUUGAAUGCCUCCUUAAUGCGCUAACUGGUAAGAAAUAAGUCAACUUAUUUAACGCGCGUGCAAUCCGUUGUACUGUGUCAGUCUUGCGCAAAUCCAAUUUACCAUUUUGUCACAGGUCAGAACUGGAUGUGCCUUUUAUAUCUACAUUAUUCACAAAAGACUUUGUAGGCAUCACGCCCGGUGCUAAUAUCUUGAAUAAAGUGCCUCUAAUCAUGUGCUAAGUGAUUUUCUCUUCAUGCUUGGCUGAGUUUGUAACCGACAAGCAGUGAAUAUGUAUGAAGUUCCUUUACUUAGCCUCCAGUGAGUUUUGUGUAACACUUAACUAUUGUUUCAUGCUCUGUUUGACCGCUGCCGGCAGCGUAAUAAUAAAGUAAGCAGUCGUUAUGUUGUCAAGCCAAACGUGUUCUAACACUAGCAGUAUGUCAAAGUUGGAGCGGGAUUUAUCUCUACUAAACAGCGACAUUGACAAACUUGUAACUUGUCUAUUACGAACUGUUUUAUAACUCUUGGCAUGGGGUUAUGGCAUUGGUAUUUUCAUUAGUUUACAUUAGCGUGUAAACAGCGAGGAGAGGACUCUAACCCUACAUAUUACAUCGCUGGCGUAUUUGCAGGACGAAGUCACAAAGCGUGAAGCAAAACUCUUGUAAGUCUAGCGUAUGCGGCAUUCAGGUUUACGUACGGCACGUAAGACGUGCCCUCAAAACUCAAGGUACGAUUUUAUUUCUGACAGAUACAAUGUUGAAGCACAUUUGGUGGACAGCUUUGCUCGGUCUGCUCUGUCAAUCUCAUUCGCAGUCCUCUCAGGUCAGUAAGACACAAAUCAGUUUUAACUUUGUUUAGAACCUUUUAAUGUAAACUAUAAAAUACCUUCAGUUACAGGUUUUGAACCCCAAAUGAGAAACAGUUAAACACGAUUGCAAGCAAUUCUGUACGCGCUUUUGUCUCCAGCGCGGUCUUUUCUUCACAAAUCGGCAGCAAAAUGGCUUAAACCACGAAAGUGUUGAAAACAACCAGUGAAUUAAUACUGCGACAGCCAAAACGCAAUCAUCUGUGAACAUCAGAUGCCAUUACGACUUCAUAGCGUCGGGUUUUUUUGCUCAAAUACCUGAGCACAAACUAAAAAUUUGUGCUGAGGCCGCAAUGUCCUGAAAAUAGCUAAGAGCUGUAAAUAGUUAUAAUUUAACCUGAUAAGAUCUCUUAUAUUGCCCGUGGCAGUAUGUUGCUUAUUAAAGUGACCAAAUCAUUCUUGACGUAAACUACACGGGAUAAUGGCUAUAUCAGUCCUUUUGACUGUCAAUAUCCUUUAGAAUAUAAGUAUGCGGGUAGCUUAGCCUAAUUACAAGUUCUUUGCCCGUACAUUUAUGUAACAGUGUAUAGAAAUGCCGAGUAUGUCUACAGCAGACUCUUGUUCAGUUAAGAUACUUCUGUUUUAAUUGCCUUUUUAGCUCACUGACCACAAGCCAUGCAUUGGCUGGGAAGUCUGAACCACAUGUGACAUAAUGAAAAGUGAUGCAUGAUUAAUGUUCUUUUGACUUCUAAUGGCAGCUCAAUACCGACACAAACCUUUUUAUUGGCACAAACAAAUUACUCGGUGGCAAAUUAGUUUAAAUCCGUAGUGAUACGGAUAUUUUUUUCUUUUUCUUUUUCACUGAUAAAUCUCUUCAUUCGCGGUAGUGGUAAGUUGAACUUUAGAAGAAGGCAACUGACAAAAAGGCUCGAUAGAAAAGUUUAAUUUAAAUCAAACAUUUUGUAAGGUCUGUGUUCUAAUCACCUGCACUUAUCUGCACUUAUAUCAAGCCAGGGAGGUGACACUGUCCGUUAACUCACUUGUAACGCUGUUAACGUCUUUCUCGCAUACUUGAAAGCACGCUUGUUUUGUCUCACAAAUUCUCUAGUUAGACUCUACUCCUCAUGAAAGGAUGGUGUUGAGAAGAAGUACCACCAUUACUAAAUUUUCAGUGUUUUUCGAUCCCCAAAUUCAGAGAAACAUGUAACACGAACAGAGUCCUCAUGGGUCGGCAUUGAAGUGUUGCAACACAGUGUUUUUGAGUGGGCAUGAUAUCGCCAAGGUCAUGGUGCACCGAGGCGUUAAUGAUUUUCGGUCGCCCAAUAUAGGAAAUGGUUUGUUGUACUUAAAUGAACAGUAAACUCUAACACUUGGUUUAUAUAUUUCUCUACCUUUUUUCUCCUCUCGAACUGCCAAAAUGGGCGAAUACUGAGCUUUUCCUGAGAAGCUAACGCCUUAGAUCGGAUUCUGACAAAUGCCUGAUGUACAAACGAAAUCCGCCUAGGUGUAUAACACUCCGAUGACAAUUUUCUCAUUUCAUUUUUUUGUGUAGAGGGACCACUGGGGGCCGUGGGGAGACUGGAGUCCUUGCACUAAAACAUGUGGAGGUGGAACGACUUCCAGAAUAAGGCAGUGCGUCAGUUCAUCACGGUAAGGAACUUUCGUUUAACUAAGAAGUCUUUCAGCGAAAUAGAUACCAAGACUCCUGGUCCUAUUCUAAUUAAACAACAGCAAUUCUGUUAUUCACUUAAAUAUCUAUCUGCUUCUGCUAUGGCAUUACUAAACCUAGGUAAGUUAAGAUGGCUCAAAAAGUAGCGACAAUAAACCUUCCCUAUUUCUGUUGUAAGUUUUUGAAAUCCUGAAAAGACGUAAAUGAAUUUUUCAAAAUUUGAACUGAGACGUGCUACGAAUACCGUAAGGUCCUAGGAAUCUGUAAGCCUAUACUUUCAAGUGGAAAAAAGACCUGUCAGGUGUAGAUAUUUAAAGGAGUGGUCAGGCAAAUGUUUAUUUGGACGCAUUUGGGACGCUACUGGUAUCACGGAAAGAAGCUGUGGUUCAGUUUCUUUUAGUUAUGUACUCUGAGAGUAGUCUCUUAUUUUCUUCAAAGUCAGUCCCAUUUUGGCAAAAAGCGUUUUUCGUGGAUACGCGCUUACUCCGUCUGAGAAGUCGACGUAUUUAAGAGAAAAGGCGGACUGCAAGCAGUCUAGUACUCCAACUAUGUUCAAGAGCACUUUGUUCCCCGAUAGCCACAUACAGACUUCAGCUUGGGUAUUUUAAAAAUUCUUUUAAAAAAGACGGAAGUAAAUUUUUUCCCUUAUUCUGUUUAACAGAGGAACCACUCCGCCUAGAUAUGUGUUGAAAGUAUACAGGGACAAAAGAAGCUGCCAGGGAGAGGCUAUUCAAUAUGGCACCUGUAACACACAGGUAACUUAGUUGUAACACAAAUAAAUAUUCACACAUCCAGUGUUUUUGUAAGUAAUUCGCUUUUUCAAUUUAUUUUGUUUAAAAAUUUCAGUGCAAAAUUUCUUUGUUAUUCAAGCGUAUAUGCAGCCCUCACACAUUUAAAAGGUCAAGUGUCAGUUUGUAGUAGCUGCCUCUGUUGUGCGCCGUUCCGACCAACCACUUAGCCCUCUAUACACGGUAGACAACAUCUACUUUCUGUCACUGGGGUGUGUUAAUAAACCUCCUUCACUCGAAUUAAAAUUCAAGUGAAGGAGGUUUAUCUGAGAGAGGAAGUGCUAGAUUGAGUUGAUCAGUACAAUAAAAUUUAAAGAUGAUGUUCAGAUUUUUUUUAUUUUUUUAAAUUUUAUUUAUUAAUUUUUUUUGCCGUGUGUAUGAAGUUAUAUGAGCUCGAUCUUUGAAAGAGUUUAGGAUGCCGCACGUUAACUGUUCGACCCGCAAGAUGGAUCAAUGGUUCUCUCCAGUCCGAUGGAAUCGUCCCAAUCUUUCAGAUCGUUCUGGUAUCGCAUCUGGAAUGUUCCGGGGGUCGAAACAAUCACGACCGAGCGAUAUAUGUGGAAGAGCCAGCUUUAGGGAUAGUUGACUAUCUUUCUGCUAUAUAUCACCAUGUCUUUGAUUAUCUAAUCUUGUUCUAAAAUCCAUUCCCGAAUGUUCCUAUAUAGUUAGGAACGCGAUGCCUUCGGUUCACAGUACUUUUUAGUGCUAUUUAUAAUUUAAUCUACAAAACAAUAAUAAACACGUUAACUCACGCGCGGGAUAAAGAAUGCAAUCGCAGUUUCACCCUUCACUAGAUUGUCUGUUUACAAAAAUUAAUUUUAGUUUUGACCUGUUCAAAUAAAAUUUCAGCCUUUUGUGUAUUACAAAGCUUUUUGCUUUAUCGAGUCCAUUAACUGAUUUUUUGGGCGGACCCAAAAACUUCAUGGCCACAGGUGAUUACGCCACUCAUGCUUGACAAUAGAUGAUGGAUCAGUUUAUUAUUAACAAAAGCACUUCUCGGCCCAAGGAAAAACCGCAUUUCAUGGACGAUUAAGCCUACUGACCUUGACUUUUCUGAAGUCAAAUAUGCUGGAAAAAAAUAUAUUGAUCUUCAAUUCUUGAAAAUCUUCAAACGCAUCCGUGGUGAAAGUCAUAAAAAGAGCUAACGAAAGUCUCUUUCUUGUUUAUUUUGCUUAUAGGAAGAAAUAGGUUUAAUGUUAAGGGUCGCUUUCCCCUUUAUUCAUAGCAAUAAGACAAGAAAGGCCAGCCAUCUUUUAAAAAUAAAUUCAUGGGAUGGAGUUAAAAUUCGCUGAAAAUUAAAAGUCAGCUUGCAGGUUCGAGCUUCGCUGAGUUAUUUAAAGCUCGACACUAUACCGACAGUGGACCACUUAGUACCUGUUACUGGAAUACACACAGCAUUGUCGGUCAGUUUGUGGAACAGAGCACAUGAUGAACGUUAAUUUCAAAGACUGCUAAUACGCGGUGGUUGAAUGAAGCAAGUUUCUUUUACUACGAAGGCUUAAAAUGAGACAGACACGUUUCUAUGGUUUCACUGAUUUACGAUCAGGAAGCUCUUAAAAGUGCACUCUUUUCAUUGUCUCUCUAUUUUGCGUUUUGUCUGCAGAAUUGUUACCAAGCCCCAAAAGUCACACGUAAGGUGGCUAUCAAGGCCAGAGCAGAGCAGUGCACCAAGUUUGAUAACACAUCGUUCAAUGGAUACUUUUUCACCUGGAUCCCAUAUUUGAGAGGUAAGAUCACAGCAAACGGUCCUUUUUUGUUACGUUUGGCCAGGUGAGCUAACAUAAUCUUGUAUAAGACCCUCAAGUUUGUUGUCUGCCGAGUGAAACUAAACCUGUGUUCACGUGGUCCUUUUUUCUUUUUUUUCCUUUGCUCCCCCGAAAAAAAUAGAAACUGAAAGAAAGCCUGAUGGCAGGUUAACUGAGAUUCAUGACUCUAGACUCCUAGAGCAGAAAACCUGCGGUAAUCGAUAGUUUACGACUUCACAGUAAACGUCUUUCCAGAAAAGUCGAAAGUAACAUGAAUGACACUCACUCUACCACUAUGAGACAGACACAAAGUUAACCCUAACCCUCAGAAGCAACACUAAUAAACAACCGAUACAAAAAAUCUAUGCCUAAUAAUUCCUACCAAGCGUUGCCUCCCUUGUACUUUGUAGGUGCAUUCUAGUAACUUACCUGUUCCGAUAAUGGGAGCUGAAAUGUUUAUUUUUAAAUCUUAAGUGAAGACUAUCAGACAAGAUGAAUGUCAGCUGAAUUGCCUAGCGAAAGGACACAUGUUUUUCCUUAAACUUCUACCUAAAGUCAAAGACGGCACACCCUGCCUAACGGACCUGAAGAAGGUGUGCAUUGACGGUAAAUGCAAGGUGAGAUGACGGCAUGUAAUUAUGGCGGAUAAGCCAUAAGUCAUAAGUGUAGUUGUAUCUCUUCUGCCAGGAUGCGUAUCAUGUAGAGUCCUGGUAAUUGGCUUCUGCUUGUGCCUAGAACACGGGAGAAUUUGGGCUUGAAUCCUCGCUGCAGAAACAUAUUCUAGGUCCACCUACUGUUCAGGUUUCCUGUCUUUUGAUUUCUUCAUAGUUAUCAUAUGUAAUAUGAUACGACUGAUUCAGUAUGUAUACCUCCUUGCUACCUCUCUGCCAGCAAGCAGGAAAUUCAGGUGCGGAUCCAAUAUCCUGUCUGAAUGACUCAGAAACCCAGGAAAGGCGUAAUCAGAAAAAUUUCACGGAGGUUCAUGCCGCCGCCUCCUCUCGAAGAUUAGGCACUCGUUUAGGAAAUCUUUCAGUAUUUAUCAUAGAUCCGCACCUGGGAAUUAGCUAAGUUGCAAAGAUAAAUGUGCAAAAAAAUACAGGGAGCUGUUAACAGUUACUAUUAUGCAUUGUUCAACCUGUGCUUCAAAACUGAGAUGCGAUACUCACGUUUCUCAAGUUUCGAAGUCAUGUGUAAAACGCACAACUCAGAUCGAUUUUGGCGGGUCAGCGGGUUUGAAACUUCAUAACAAAGCACCGAAUAGUGACUACCACAGCGCAUUUAUUUAAUACUUUCCGGCGGAAAAAGCCAUUUGUUACUUCUUGAAAAUCCUCUCUUGUGAAUACUAAUCCGCUAAGUUUUCAAGCUUAGACGUGCCACAUUAAAAGUUCUUGAAUCAAGAAAAAACUCUGUUAUUCGACCCAACUUUGUUGACGGAAUCCUUCUUAAUUGUGAGCUUUUUAACAUUGCUAAAACUAGUCUACUUCUUUCUGUUCUAGGAGCUGCCCAAGGAAUGUCAAGGUGGUGGAUGUUUUGGUCAAAAGUCUAGUGUUAAACCAAAGCAAAGACGAUCAGGCGUUUUUACCUCCAAAGAUGUUAGACGAGGGAAACUAAGUAUGCGCUUUGCGUAUAAUUAAUCGAGUAACAUAUUGUUUUCCCAUACUUAGCUGGUUUAUUUACGCUUUUUAUGUCCCAAGAGUGACCAACAUAAAUUUUCUCCUAACAACAUCAGUACAUAAUUAAAAGAAAAGUUUACGAGAAUAAAUGCAGUGGUCACCAAAGGGAAAAUGCUUUGAUCUUUGAAAAAUUAAUUCUCUCAACUACUGAGAUCAGUCUCAAGGAGAAUUUGUAUGUGAAUUUUGGGGCUUAAAGGUUUAAAGCUUAUUGAAAGCUUCAGAUAAACAAAUACAUCUUAGAUUGGAAACCUCGCAUAGUUAAGUAAUAUUUGACUCACCAUCGUGAACGAGACCUCUUAGAGGAAAAAGGAAACGCAUUUAGACUCAUUUUCAACUUGGCCGUGUUUCUAUUCCCCUUCACCGUGAAACAUGAUCGAUAACCCACACAAUAUACAGCUAAAAUGUUCCAAAUUUUCUAUAUAAUUACUAAUUGCGAUUCACUGCUGUCUGUACAUUAUAGAUCACCUUUUUAAUGCUAGUAUUUUAUCGCGACCUGUCUUUGUGGCGACGCGAGUAAGUUCGGAAGUUUCUCCCCCUUCAUACUCCUACAUUCAUACCUUACUGAUGAAUGUUCGUUCUGCAGUUUUAGGUUACAAUCCUAUAAUAACCAUACCGGCUGGUGCCACCAAUAUUAACGUCACAGAGAUCAGAAGAAGCAAAAACUAUCUUGGUAAGUUAUGUGGUUUAUAUAAUACUUUUCAUCUUUCCCUACCGUCUUGCUUCAUAACAAAGACUUUGACUUGGAUGAAAUGAGCCCAGGCGUCCUUUCCCUAUUGCGGGGUUCACUGUCUGUAAUUUAUGUGUGGCUAAACAAAAAAAAAGAUGAUUUUCGAGGUAAUCAGAUUGGAGAAUCCGGGCAUCGAUCCCGGUACCUCCCGCAUGCUAAGCGGGCGCUCUACCAUUUGAGCUAAUCCCCCUCUUGAUGUUUUUCACUUGGUUACUUUUUAGCCUGAUGAACUAGACUGAACAACAUUUUGUAACUGAGGUAGAGUCUAAGGCAGUGUCGGGCUAUGCGUCUAGUCUCACAAAUAAUCCCGGAAUGUGAUCGGUAGAUUAGCGCGAAUAGCAGGAGGAACUAAUGGGAAGCCGAGAUACGACAGAAUUAUUUGAGUCUUCAUUUUUCCAACUCUGUUGAUUUGUAAGCGCGUAAGCUAAAAUAUAGACUUCCUUUUUUGAUAAAAACAUCACCAUGCUAGGUUGGGUUAGGGUUAACCCUAGUAUGGUUUUGUUUUGUUUUGUUUAUUUCUUUAGACUGAAUUGGGGGAUUAGCUCAAAAGGUAGAGCGCCCGCUUUGCAUGCGGGAGGUACCGGGAUCGAUGCCCGGAUUCUCCAUACCUUUUUUUUCUUUUUUCUCCUCUUCGUAGCAAAUUUGCUUGCAGCUUCGAAGUGAAAAUCAAAAAAAGGAUAAUGUGGCAGCUGCGCUUCUUAACACCAGCCACGAGACUCUUUUAAUUAAUUCUUUUAAAACUGAGGGCCGCGGUCUAAAACGUACAAAUUAUAUACUAGGAAAUAACGUUCUCUUGAUUGUUUCUACAAAAAUGUAUAUCUUGAAUUAUCUCGGUCAAGUUUUUAAAACUUUUCAUGGCUUCAGCUUUCUGAGUUCAAGUAAUUAUCAGCAAACAAAAGAAGAUUGUGGAGAAUCCGGGCAUCGAUCCCGGUACCUCCCGCAUGCGAAGCGGGCGCUCUACCAUUUGAGCUAAUUCCCCAACUGCGAUGAAUGUUUCUUUUUAGACUAACUUUUUAAAAAAGGUAUUGCAAGAGCACUCAAUUCCCGUCACUGUUUAAGCUCAGUUUUUCUUGGAACUCGAGGCUGAAAUAGGUAGGGUUUGAAAGACCAAACACCUGUCGCUACUUCUUUGUUUUUUUUUUCCUGUUUACUUCAAAGUUUGUCAGCAUCAUUCUGUCGAGCUGUGCACUCGCGCAAGCUUGAAGAGACUUUUUCUAAUCCCUACAAUGGGUGAUUUGAGCUAAUUCCCCUAAUGAUGUUUUCACUUGGUUACUUUUUAGCCUGAUGAACUAUUAAUACUGAACAACAUUUUGUAACUGAGGUAGAGUCUAAUGCAGUGUCGGGUUAUGCAUCUAGUCUCACAACGAAUUCCAGAAUGAGAUUGGUACAUUAGCUCGAAUAGCAGGAGGAAUUAAUGGAAGCCGAGAUAUGACAAAAUUAUUUGAGUCUUCAUUUCUCCAACUCCGUUGAUUUAUAAGCGCGUAAGCUAAAAUAAAGGCUUCCUUUUAUGAUAAAAACAUCACCACGCUACGUGAAAAAGGUUGAAAAAAAUAAUAUGAGCUUCGAACGUUCUCUUUGGACAUAUAUUCUAUUAUGUUUUUGUUUUGUUUUGUUAAUGCCUUUCGACAGGAUUGGGGAAUUAGCUCAAAUGGUAGAGCGCCCGCUUUGCAUGCGGGAGGUACCGGGAUCGAUGCCCGGAUUCUCCAUAUCCUUUUUUCCUUUUUCCCAUCUUUCUUUUGUCUAACAAAAAUAAUGAAAGAGCUAUAUUCUUUUUUGCCAUGAAAUUUAUUUUGCCGUAUGUUUCUCAGUAGCCAUCGAAAAAGGGGGGAUUAGCUCAAAUGGUAGAGCGCCCGCUUUUCUUUUUUCCCUUUCCUUGCAGCAGUAAAUUAAACUGGAGCAAAAAAGUGAACAAAACUGGAUAAUAUAGCAACUACAGAAUAUUCCCCACGAGUCCAGCAGAUUCAAACUGUUAAUUUACGAAAUAAUACCCUCUGUUGCAACUUGAUAACUGUUGCAAAAUAUUCGUUUACUAAAUAUUCCCACUCUCCUGUCUUUAAAAUUCAAAUAAUGAUGAGCAAAAAUAAAAGAAUGGAGAAUCCGGGCAUCGAUCCCGGUGCCUCGCGCCUGCUAAGCGGGCGCUCUACCUCUUGAGCUAAUUCCCCCAUCGAUGGUUUUUUUUCGGUGUUGUUUAAAAAAUCUUGACUCUGAUUAAUGAUUUCGAACAGCCUUUUGUAACUGAAGGUCUGGUUAACUGCUGUCAGGCUGUACGUCUAGUUUUAACACAAUUCCUCACUGGAAAAGCUUGGAAGAAUACGCUAGAGUUCUCCAUUACUUUGUUCUGAACUGACCCAUUCUUUUUUUGAACAAAAAUAAUGCGAACGUUUCUUUCUCUCUUUGCAAAAGUAAUUCUUAAUUUAUUUGUCCUAAGUGGUGAGACUUCCCAAUAACUGGGGAAUUAGCUCAAAUGGUAGAGCGCCCGCUUUGCAUGCGGGAAGUACCGGGAUCGAUGCCCGGAUUCUCCAUGACUUUUUUUUUCCUUUUUUCCGUUUCUUAGCGGGAAGCAAUAGUUAAGAGUGAGAAAAAAAACGCUCGCCCUGGAACUCUUUUUUAUUCUUCUAAAGUUACAGGGCAGUCCAACAGAUUCAAAUUAUAGGAGAUAUUUUUUUCUGUGCCGCGCACUUUGACUGCCGCUGCAGUCAAAACAACUUAAGUGAUGAUCAGGAAAAAAGAAGACUGGAGAAUCCGGGCAUCGAUCCCGGUACCUCCCGCAUGCGAAGCGGGCGCUCUACCAUUUGAGCUAAUCCCCCAACUACGACAUUUGACAAAUUUAAAAAACAGGUUUUGCAAGAGAACCUGCUGUAAUAUUUUAUACAGCAAGAAUUUUGCAUUGUAUAAUUUUUUUUAGAUAAAAUCCUUGGUAGUGAAAUGAUCAGGGCCUUUUUGGUAAAGACGCUAGAAUCUUGCUGCAAUCUCAAAUGUCAAAGAUGGCUGUGCGCAAACUAUCAGCCGAAGUAUAGCGACAGUGGGUUGAAGGUUUAAUAAAGGAUUUUAUUUAUAUUUACAGCUCUUAAGUCUCACGAUUCAAACAAAUAUUACAUCAAUGGUAACUGGGUUGUUGACCCGCCAAGAAGAUAUAACGUAGCCGGAACGACAUGUUAUUAUUCAAGACCUCGCAGAAACACUGGAAAUGAAGUAGAGGCCUUUAUCGCUGCAGGACCAACUACCGAAGAUCUUGACGUAAUGGUGAGGAUCAAGUUUUAAAAGUUUAAAUUGAUUAAACCGGGGAUGGACCCACCUUGGGAGGACUAAAAAAUCAUUAGAAUUUGUUUCGUUUUUCAUCUUAGUCAAAAAAAGAAAGUGGAGAAUCCGGGCAUCGAUCCCGGUACCUCCCGCAUGCUAAGCGGGCGCUCUACCAUUUGAGCUAAUUCCCCGUGCUUAAUAUAGCGCCGUGGUAGAAAGAAUGAAAAUAUAUUCCACUUGCACUGCCACUCCAAAAAAAUUAAAACUGUGACUGUAAAAGAUAAGACUCUUUCACUUCAUUCAAGUUGUUCGAUUAUAGUACGUUGCAGUACGUUGCGUAGAAACAAGAUGUAUACACAAUGUUGACCUUUUCCUUUUCCUCCUUCAUCAGUUGCUUUAUCAAAACGACGAACCUCAAAUCAAGUAUUCGUACCUUCUUCCAAGAAAUUACCCAAAUACACAACACCAGCGAGGACAACAAGCACAGCAGCCAGCGGAACCCGCUCCUAUUGGUCACAGAGGCUUGGUGACACAGCCCACCCAACCUACCUCUAACAGGAACGCUCAUGCUUGGAGACUCACAGGGUUCACACAGUGUACCCACUCGUGCGCAGGAGGUAGCACAUCUUCAGCUAAUCACUUUCAUUUAACCUGAUUUGGUAUUGUCGAUAAUAGAGUGGUUUUCAUUUGAGUGUCGAAAGGUAAUUGGUUUUGCGUUUACUACGCUACGUGAUUGGCUUAAAAGAUUCGCGCCACUUUUUUAUCCAAUCAGAAGGAAAACCAAAACCAAUUGUGUCACGCUCGCAUGCAUUUUCCCGCGCUUUGCGGCAGCUACAUGUAAUUACUUCGAGUUUUAAUUGGUUCACUGUUUUGUCUGUGUCCUUUGUGAUUGGCUAGAGUACUUACUUUGGUUUUGGUUUUACGAUACUCAAAUGAAAACCGCUCUAAUUUGAUAUAUCUGACUUGUUAUGUGGCCGGAUUUUUAAAAUAUAUUGCGUACCUUUUAUUUAUUAACUAUUCUUAUCAGGUGUCAGUCCUUAAAAGGUUUUAUUUUGACCCAACAGGCAUUCAGAAGACGGUACAUCAGUGUGUUUCCUUGGCGGAUAAUUCAUUUGUUGAACAGUCACUUUGCUCGGCGGACCCGAAACCACCGCAGAGACAGAGAGUUUGCAACUUGCAAUCUUGUCCACCAAGGUAAACGGUAACUGUAAUUAAAAAGUCUUUUUUCUACAAAGGCUUUUAUGUUCUCUUGACAAACGUCAUGGCUUUCUCAACGUAUAGUUUAGUGACUACUAUGGAAUAAGCUUAUUUUCGAGUGGCUUAACGUAAAAGAUAAGAGUUUUGGUGUGAGUCAGCCGCAGAUUAUGUCCUUUAAGCCUUGCUUCCAUUGUUUUUUUUAAAAUAGUAACUAACCCUCUAUAUGUUUUUUAUGUCACCAGAGGGACACUUACAGCUUAGAUGAACUUAUAUAGCUAUAGCUCAUUUCUUCCCGCACCAUAAUUAUUAAUUUUUCCCAUGAUCAUGUUAAUAUAAGAUUUGGACACAAGAGUAGAUUCUGAUUCAACUGACGUGACUGCAGGUGGGAGCCCGGUGGCUGGGGCAAAUGUUCUAAGACAUGUGGAGCUGGUUUACAGAUCCGGAAUCUCCGGUGCAAGCAGCUUGUUGAUAAUAAUGGUCACAGACAGCAGCAGAUGUUACCAAUCAGCUAUUGCCGUCAGUGGCAGCGACCUGUUCCAAGCCGGAGCUGCAACUUACAACCAUGUCCUCUUCCCGCGAAUUGGACAGUUGGAGAAUGGGGCAAGGUAAUUACCUUAGGCCUCCUUCCCACCAGUUUGAAUUCUCCCUUCCUGCCCCACACCCCCACCCCGCCCCCCACAACCUUCAAUUCCCAGUUACAUAUAUGCCAACUUAACCGCGAACAAAAGGGAAAUGAGUCGAUUGUAAGCCAUCCGAUUCUGAGCGAUCUCUCUUUCGUAUAUGCAGCUCUUUCUGAGAACUAUAAGCUUUUCACCUAUGAGGUUGUAAACGCCCGAGCUUUCAGUGAUAUGACAUAGAUUCGGUGGAUACAGAUCUACUCAUAUGGCAAUGUCCAAUGAUAUUGAGGUCGCUCACACGACUGCCAUUGUCAAUUUCGUGUCAGAGAUAUAUCCUUGCUGUGAUAUAUUCACUGAGAUCGAUAUCUUUAAAGCCUAUGCGCUAGCCUUCACUGUAUUCCGUUCUUUUCGUCUCUAACUCGAAGGUCAUAUUUGCAGUGUUCCGUUACUUGCCAAAGAGGAGUCAAACAGCGGGCCGUGCGAUGUGUGGACAUAAGUAACAGUCUCGUAAACGAAAGCUUCUGUAGUCACACCCAGAAGCCUUCAGCAGUGGUUUCCUGCUUUGCUGGCUCGUGCAAGAUGGAAUGGUUUGCAAGCAAUAAAUGGUCUCAUGUAAGUGCAGUUCACUCCGGUGUCGGUAUUGUUCCGUUUGAGAAGACUUUCAGACUGCUCUGAUCUUUUACCCAAAACAAACCCAAACAAAACUUGCUAAAAGUACGAAAGGACCGCAAAAAAAAGAUCCAGUCUAACUGCAUGACUUUUGAAUUUCUUGAACAUCAUGUAAGAUAUGCUGCUCAUUAAAAACUUCCGGUUUUCUCAUAUAGUGUUCAGUUCUCUGUGGCAAAGGAGAGCAAAGUCGCCCUGUGAUGUGUGGAAGGAAAGGAGGAGACGCCAUCUCAUCAGAUCACUGCUCACAGGAAAAUAAACCAAGUACUACCCGACAAUGUAAUAUUGGCAAGUGCCAGGCAAUAUGGGUGGCAUCAGAUUGGAGUACGGUAAAAUAUAUUUAGCAUGAGAGAUAGACCUUGUUUGUUCACCUCACCACCCUAGUUAAAAUAACAUUCUUUCUGUCGCAAUAUAUAGUUUACCUAUGUAACAUAGAAAAUCAACAGUUUGAUAAUGAGUUCCCCUAACUUUCACAAGCACUUCCUAAAAUUAGGAAGGCGUUGAAGGACUUCAAGUUUUACUAAAGUAAGCUAAAGUAGUACACUUGAGUUAAAGCCGUGCAUGUCAUCGGGUGUAAAUUGGUCUGAAUGUAACAACGCACAAACUUUGUCCCUCUCUUUUGGGUCAUCAAAGAUAACGACAUGCUAACAAAGCAAAUUAAUUCCAUUUACCUGACAGUGUUCGGUAGAUUGUGGGAGAGGUACACAAGUCAGAUCAGUGUUCUGUGCGGGUGUGGAUAAGGGCAAGUACCAGGAAUUUCCGGAUGAGGCUUGUCCACGUAGUUCAAAACCAGCAAGUGUUCAGCCAUGUAGCAGCCGUAUAUCCUGCAAACCACAAUGGUUCACGACAAAGUGGGGCAAGGUAAAAUGAACUCAUACUUUAUCAUUAAUUCUAUUAAAACGAAUGAUAGUAAUGACCGUGUUUGUUUGUAUCAGUAUGAAUUUUAGAAUCACGUCCCCCAUGUAAGGGAAAUUCAGGAAUCCUGGGCGUUGGAAUCCGGAAUAUAGUUCAAGGAAUCCGGGAUCCCACUAACGAUUGAAGUCCAACAUCAAAUCAAAGUUCUGCCGACAGAGAAUCCAGAAUCGAGCACCUGGAAUCCGUAAUCCAUGGCUUGGAAUCCAGAACCCAGACAGUAUUAGUAUUGGAUUACUUAGUUUACAUAGGACGAAUCACGUUACCGCAAACGACUAUUUGUACCACGUGACUGUCUCAGUACCGUCGUAAUUCUACAGUCUACACAAAAACUAGCAGAUUCAUGUCAGGUUCAUCAAUAAGAUUGAACAGUUCUGACUUCUCUUUCAUCCAUCGUGUUCUAGGAAUGUUAAAAUUGGUAAAACUACUAAGGGUCACUUCUUCUAUCUGUUUAUUCGCAGUGUUCUCGAUCAUGUGGUGGCGGAAGUCAGGUCAGAAAAGUAACGUGCCUGAAUCAUGAAGGAAAAGCUACCAGAGACUGCAGCUCAAGAAACAGACCGCUUCACUAUCAACGCUGCAAUAAUACGCCUUGCCCAACAUCAUCUGAAUAUUUAGGACAAGUGAAAAACUGUCAUGAUAUUUAUACUCGUGGACUAUGCUUUUAUGUAAUACAAGCGAACUUCUGUCAGUAUUCACAUUACCACAGGAUGUGUUGCAAUAGUUGCCAGAGAAGACAUUGA